ACAUUAAUACUACACUACCCACAGCCCCCCGCGUUGAGCGAUGUUGUAGGAAAUCCGCUUGCGGUGGAUUACUGUAAUCCGACAGAGCGUCAGGACGACACCUCGGAUCACGACAGAGAAGCGGAGCCCCAGCAGCGGCCUGUAACAGAAGCAAGAAUAAGGGGGUAAAGUUAUGAUCUGACCGACUGCUCCUGAAGGCAUCAUCGGCUGUGCCCGGGCCGUUUCCUGGACCAGUCGAUCCGUCUGACAGACACUGACAGCGGCUUGGCUGGCAGCACUGCACCGCGGAGCAGAGCAGAGCAGAGCAGAGCAGAGCAGAAACGGAGAAAGAAAAGCUUUAAUUUGUUAGUUAAAGAGCUCCCCCCCUUUUUCCCUUCCCUCCCUGUUAGGUUUAACUCAGCUCGGCUCGGCUCGGUCGCCCUGUCUGCGGAGAGAAGCUGUCGCGAGCCGCUGCCGUUGCUGCCGCUGCUAACUCAGCUAGCGCGGCUAGCUCACUCCAGCGCUUCUGGGAAGGAAUUCAUCAAGUUUAGGAGCAAUUUAGCACAUUUUCAAAACCUGCAACCCAACAAGGAGGGAGAAUGUCGGCGAAAGAGCAAACCAAACUCUCCACCACUGAACGACCUAUUAAAGCGGUGCCAUAUCCUCCCGGUACGCGCCUGUCGGUCAAAGACCUGUACGUGGACGGGAGGCCCAGCGUGGACGUGCUGAAGGCCCAUCUGGUGAAGGAGGGUCGGCUGGAGGAGGAGACGGCUCUACGGAUCAUCGAUGACGGAGCCGGCAUCCUGCGACAGGAGAAAUGCAUGCUGGAAGUAGAAGCCCCCAUCACAGUGUGUGGAGACGUCCACGGGCAGUUCUUUGACCUGAUGAAGCUGUUCGAGGUGGGCGGAUCCCCCAGCAGCACGCGCUACCUGUUCCUCGGAGACUACGUGGACCGAGGAUACUUCAGCAUCGAGUGUGUGCUGUACCUGUGGGCUCUGAAGAUCAACCACCCCAACACGCUCUUCCUCCUCAGAGGCAACCACGAGUGCCGGCAUCUCACAGAGUACUUCACCUUCAAACAGGAGUGUAAAAUAAAGUACUCUGAGCGUGUGUAUGACGCCUGUAUGGAUGCGUUUGACUGCCUGCCUCUGGCUGCUCUCCUCAACCAGCAGUUCCUCUGCGUGCACGGAGGUCUGAGCCCGGAGGUCACCUGCCUGGACGACAUACGGAAGCUGGACCGGUUUAAAGAGCCUCCUGCGUUCGGGCCGAUGUGCGACCUGCUGUGGUCGGACCCGGGGGAAGACUACGGCUCGGAGAAGACCCAGGAACACUUCUGCCACAACAGUGUGAGAGGCUGCUCUUAUUUCUACAGUUACCCAGCAGUAUGUGACUUCCUGAUGAACAAUAACCUGUUGUCUGUAAUACGAGCACAUGAAGCUCAGGAUGCAGGGUAUCGAAUGUACAGGAAAAGUCAGACGACAGGCUUCCCUUCUUUAAUCACCAUCUUCUCUGCUCCCAACUACCUGGAUGUGUACAACAACAAAGCUGCGGUGCUGAAAUAUGAGAAUAAUGUGAUGAACAUCCGGCAGUUUAACUGCUCCCCCCACCCGUACUGGCUGCCCAACUUCAUGGACGUCUUCACCUGGUCUCUGCCCUUCGUCGGGGAGAAAGUGACGGAGAUGCUGGUGAACGUGUUGAACAUCUGCUCCGAUGACGAGCUGAUGUCAGAAGGGGACGACACGUGUGAGGGUGGAACUCCAGCCGUCAGAAAGGAAGUGAUCAGAAAUAAGAUCCGAGCGAUCGGGAAGAUGGCUCGUGUCUUCUCUGUGCUCAGAGAGGAGAAUGAGAGUGUGUUACAGCUGAAGGGGCUGACCCCGACAGGAACGCUGCCCGUGGGAGUUUUGUCCGGAGGUCGGCCAUCUCUGGAAAGCGCCACCGUAGAGGCAGAAGAGGCACGAGCCAUUCAAGGCUUCAACCCGCAGCACAAGAUCCAGAGCUUCGAGGAGGCUCGUGGUCUGGAUCGCAUCAACGAGAGGAUGCCCCCUCGCCGCGACAGCAAGCAGCAAGAGGCCGCGGCCCCCCCCUCCCAAAACAACCUGCCGGCCAGCACCGGGCCUCCGGACAAGAACGGCACCAACGCACAGGCCUAAAUCCCUUUUUUCCCCUUCCCUUUAUCUCCCUCUCUUCCUCCUCCUCCUCCUCUCCUUGCUUCCUUCCCUUCCCCUCUUCUCUCCUUUUUAAGAGCCGGGAGAAGAGGCCGUUCAGUCCGAGCGACUCUCACCACGCUUAAUUUAUUUUAUCAUCUAUUAAAAUAUCAUAGUUUAAGACUGAACAGGAUAAAAUCUCAAACCGUACGUGGACUUGCUGCCGGCAAUCACCGCCCAGUCGAAUCCAUUUUCUAGAUGUAUAAUCGGGAGGCUGUCGUCUCUCGGGGCGACAACCUUUUUUGUUUUUGUUUUUGUUUCUAUCAGCGUUUUAUUUUGGCGAGGGAGGAAGUGACGCUGUGUUCAUAUACGCACACACGCACACACACACACACACACACACACACACACCGACAUUCACACUUACACACACUCUCUCUCUUUCUCUCUCACACACACACACACACACACACACACACACACACACACACACAGUCUCUCUCUCUCUCACACACACACAGACACACACACACACACACACAGACCUUCAGAUUGCAUAAAGUCCAUCCUUUCUUAUGCCAAUGAUAGUGUGACUGAGCUCUCUGGAGCGAGUAUUGACAUUUAUAUUAUAUAUGUAUAUUUUAAUUGUUCCCUCUUUUCAAUGUGAUGUUUUUUUGUUUUUUUUACAACACAUAGAUUUAGGCUGAAGUAUCCAGAGAGGGAGGGAGGGAGGGAGCGAGAGAUUAAAGGGUUAUACUGCUUUAUUACAACUCGAGUCUCGAGUAGGGCUGCAACUACCGAUAUUAUUCUCUUUGUUGACUGGUUUUCUCGAUUUAAUGGAUUACUUGUUUGGUCUCUAAAAUGUCCGAAAAUGUGGAUCAGUGUUUCCCAAAAAAGUCCUAGAUGACGUCUUCAAAUGUCUUGUCAAAGAUAUUGGGUUUCCUGUCACAGAGGAGAGAAGAAACUAGAAACGGUUUCACAUCUAACAAGCUGACGUCUCACACCGUUUCUGGGUUUGAUGGUGAAAUCUGAACUCGAGGCCUCGGCAGGUUUUUCCGUCAGACGUACGGCAUCUGCGAGCAAACUCCGAUCUUUUAACAAGACGUUGGUUUAAAAAGCUCCGGGGAAAGUUUAGUGAAUGGACCCCGAGUUCAUAUUUUCAUCACUUCUAAAAAAUCACAAACAAAAGAAAACGAUGAGACGUCGCUGCAACGAAAUCUGAUGAGUCGGAAACAAAUGUGCAGGCGAGAGAUUUCUCUUGAAAUACGUUGGACACUGUAAAGUCAAAAUACUG